UCACGUACUAUUUAGUAUGGAUAGUAUGAACAUUGAGACGCGGGGUAAUUUUCUGUUAACUUCGCGUCGCGCGGCGAUGACGUCAUAACCGGAAGUGUGCGCCGAAAACGCGUGCUCGCCGCAGCUGUGAUGUAAACCGAAGUUCGGUUUGAUGCUCAGCUGCUGGCCCGCAGUGGUCCGCGGAUGGGUGUUGAGGAUGACGAACGCCGAGGGCGCGCUGAGUUUCGCUCACAAGACGGUUCUGGCUCCUAUGGUGCGCGUGGGCACGCUGCCCAUGAGGCUGCUCGCGCUGGACUACGGAGCAGAUAUCGUGUACUGCGAGGAGCUGAUCGACAUCAAGAUGGCCCAGUGUGAGAGAGUGGUGAACGAUGUUUUGGGGACGGUUGAUUUUGUUGCUCCGGAUGAGCGUGUGAUGUUCCGCACCUGCAGUGAGGAGAAGGGCCGUGUGGUCUUUCAGAUGGGAACGGCUGAUCCGGAGAGAGCACUGGUUGUGGCUAAGCUUGUGGAAAAUGAUGUGGCAGCUGUUGAUGUGAAUAUGGGCUGUCCCAAAGAAUACUCUACAAAGGGAGGAAUGGGUUCAGCUCUUCUCUCUGACCCUGAUAAAAUUGAAGCGAUUCUAAGCACUCUUGUGAAAGGCAUUUCAAAACCUGUCACAUGUAAAAUCAGAAUCCUUCCUACACUUGAGGACACCGUGAAUUUAGUGAAGAGAAUUGAAAGAACGGGAGUGGCAGCAAUAGCGGUGCACGGCAGGAUGAGAGAAGAGAGGCCGCGGCAUCCGGUCCACUGUGAUUAUAUCCAGGCUGUGGCUGAGAGUGUGUCCAUACCUGUCAUCGCCAACGGAGGCUCUUCAGACAUGGUGAAGACGUUCGAGGACAUGGAGAAGUUUCGCGCUGCUGCGGGAGCGUCGUCUGUGAUGCUGGCUCGGGCCGCCAUGUGGAACCCCUCCAUCUUCCGGCAGCAGGGGGCGCUGUCUGUGGAGGAGGUGAUGGAGGACUACAUCAGAUAUGCUGUUCGUUAUGACAAUAACCCAUUUAACACCAAAUACUGCUUAUGCCAGAUGCUCCGAGACCGAGUCGAGUCUCCGUUUGGAAAACGGUUGCAUGCAGCUCAGACCAACGAAGAAAUAUGUGAGGUGUUUGGAAUGACUGACUUCUACAACAAGACCAAAGCUGAAUUGGAGGCCAGAAAAGCUGCUCUUCAGACCAACGGCGAUCAGUCGGAGCAACCCAAACUGGAGGAUGAUGUCAUCACAAUGCCUGUCCGCUUCGAAAGGCGAGAUUACCCUCCUCAGAUCACGCCGAAGAUGUACCUGCUGGAGUGGAGCCGCAAGGAGAAGCUCGAUCAACCUGUAUACGAGACGGAACAGCGAACUCAAGACCGAGCUUUUCAGUCUACAGUUAUCAUUGACAAUAAGAAGUACCGCUCUGCCCUGUGGGAGAAAUCAAAGAAGUUUGCAGAGCAGGCCGCGGCGAUAGUGUGUUUGCGCACGCUCGGGCUUCCAGAGGGUCGAAUCGGAGAGGAGCACAGUGGACUGGUAAAUAAACGCAAGAGGGACGACAGAAAAUGCGCAGCGCUUGAUGACAAUGAGUCAGCAGCACGAAAGAGACACAUAAGUGAAGAUCCACAGGAAGAGGAAGAGGAAAUGAUACGCAGGACGAAAGUUGUGAAUGGUGUCUGUGGUCAGACCACACGUUAACAUUGACCAAAACUCUCAAAAACUGUCUGAGCUCGCUGUAACCGACAUUUCAUUCCUUUUCAUUACAGCGCAGAGUGCUGUUUUAUAAUCUGACAAAUAACAGCGCACUUUAUAGUUGCCUUCAAGUUUGUUAUAUUCAGUGUUCUCUUUUCAGGUGCCAUCUCUCUUAUUACACACUAGUCUUGGUUUGUAAUUUGCCUUAUGCCAUUGGGUUUUCUUAUUUUUUUUCUUUAUUUUUUUUUUUUUGCAUGGAGGAAUAAUGAGAUUUUUUUUUUUAAUUAAAUACACUUUUAAAAUAAUUGACAGAUUUCCACCCUUCAGCAGAAGGGUGCAUUGUAUUUCCAAAUACUUACAGUACAAGGAAGUACCAGAGGUACCAUAACAUGUCAUGAAACUUUAUUUAUUCUAAGUAUUUUUUCUUUUUUGUUUUCAGCAUUAUUGCAAAAUAAACCAUUUUAACUAUG